AUGCCACUUGCUUUGUUCUACUUGUGGGUCCUUUUAAUUUCCUUUGCCGGUGCAAACCACUGUGCGGGGCGACGCAUCGUCGCUGUGGGUGACCUCCAUGGCGAUUUGAAUCAGACGCUUUCCAUUUUGAGCCUGGCGGGCUUGGUGGAUAAGCGUCAGCACUGGAUCGGAAAGGACACCUACUUGGUGCAGCUUGGCGACGUCCUUGAUGUUGGCCCGGACGACCUCAUGAUUGUGAGGCUGCUCAUGAAGCUGGAAAAGGAGGCACAGGCCGAGGGUGGCAACGUUAUUCAGCUUCUUGGUAAUCAUGAGAUUCGAAACCUGCUUGGAGACUACAAGGCCGUGGACCCAGCAAGCCUAGCACACUCAGGCGGUAAGCUUGGGCGCGCGGAGAUGCUCUCCAACAGAACUGCACUGGGGAUGUAUCUUCGCACGCGAAAAGCCAUCUAUCACCACAAGGAGUUUAUGUUCAUGCAUGGGGGGUUUUCAACCGCCACAGGGAACAUGAUCAAUGGGAUUAAGGCGGUGCAUGAGUUCAAUGCAGCUAUGCGUGACGCACUGGUCCAUAAUAAUAAGACCCCCAUGGGAAAGACGGCACUGAACCUUAAUGAGAAGAGGGCCCAAGAAGUUGCAAAUCCCAUACUUGUCCGUUCCAUUUAUUAUGUCCGAUGCCCCGAACUAAAGAAAAUCUUAACGAAGAAGUUCCCUGGAAUAAAAUCGGUGGUGGUGGGUCAUGUGCCGCAUAACGCACAGGAUUUUUCGGACUGGCGUCUGUGUGAUGGACGCUUGCUUGCAAUUGAUUUCGGUUUGAGUCGCUGGAAGAAGGGCGAUCCUGGUCAUGUGGCUGCGCUGGAGAUCGAUGACACUACAAUGCACGUUCAGCUGAUGGAGUCCACCAUGAAUUUCUUGGACUACGAGCCAGACGUGCACUCGUUCAUGGGGCUCGAUGUAAGGCGCUCACUACCCUUUCUUCGCUUGGCAGCUGUUGUUGUUUUUAUAAUUCUCAUCCUGUGGCUGGUGGGGAUGUGGAUCUGUUCAAGAGAGCGUAGUAAGCGCUUGCCGGCGGAACCACAGGUAGCCUACGGCUCUGUUGCUCCCUGA